CUCUCCUGCUGCGACUUCGACUUCGAUAUCUCUGACGAGAUAGGCCGUAUCCCGACCCUCCUCCGCCGUUUAUUUCUGAACCUGAGCUGCAACUCCUUCGCCGGAGCAAUCCCGUCGCGGUUCUCUAGCCUCGUCAAUCUCGGAACUCUCGACAUCUCUCACAACAAACUCGCCGGAAACCUAAACGUCUUGGGCUCUUGGCUGAUCUUCAGAACCUCGUCUCACUCAACAUCUCCUUCAACGAAUUCUCCGGCGAGCUGCCCAACGUCUUCGCUGAUCUUCAGAAUCGAGCAGAGGACUCUUUAUCUCCAGAUUCUCCACCGACCCAAUAACGAUAACGAUGGAUGAGUUUAUAGACAUGAAUGAAGAAGAUGCUCUCGCUGAGAUAAAUUUGGAAGCUACACAACUAGAAGAACAGCAAAGUGAAACUCAUUCUGGGGAAUCAGCUCAAGCUCAACGCAAGAGACGUAAAACAUCACGGGUUUGGGAAGAUUUUGUAUCAGUGGGGAUAGAAAAUGAUGGCAAAGAAAGGGCCAGAUGCUUGCAUUGUUGUAUGAAGUUGGUGACACGUAAUGAAAAGAAUGUGAGCUGUGGAACUCAUCAUCUACAACGCCACUUGGAAACUUGUCCAAAGAAGCCUCCAAAGGAAGCUAAGGAUGCAUAUGAUCACAAGAGAGAUCGUGAGAUGGUUAGUGAGGUAAUCAUUUAUCAUGAUCUUCCGUUCAGAUACGUAGAAUACGAGAAGGUUAGACAACGAGACAAGUAUCUGAAUCCAGAGUGUCAGCCUAUUUGUAGACAAACGGCUGCAGCAGAUGUUUAUAAGACGUAUGAAGUAGAAAAGGAAGAGCUGAAGAAAGUGUUUGCUAGACAUACUGCUCGGGUUUGCUUUACUUCUGAUCUUUGGACAUCUCGUCCUAAUAGCAUGGGAUAUAUAUGUCUUACUGCCCACUUCAUAGAUGAUGGCUGGAACUUGCAGAGUAAGAUUCUUGCUUUCUGCGAUUUGAAGCCUCCACACACAGGAGAAGAGAUUGCUAACAAGAUUCUGGAGUGUAUGAUGGAAUGGGGUUUAGAGAAGAAGGUAUUCUCUAUUACCUUAGACAAUGCUAAUAAUAACGACAGUAUGCAGAGGAUCCUCAAUGGACAGCUUCAGAUGAUGAGUGGUUAUGGCUUAUUGUUGGAUGGCAAGUAUUUACAUGUGAGAUGUUGUGCGCACAUCCUGAACUUGAUCGUGAAAGAAGGCUUAGAAUUAGCGAAAGAUCUCUUGCACAACAUCAGGGAAAGUGUGAGGUAUGUGAAAGCAUCUCAGACAAGAAUUCAAGCCUUUGCGGCAUGUGUAGAGCGAGUGGGGAUUCCUGGUGGAUCUGGUUUAUCACUUGACGUUGCUACCAGGUGGAACUCUACUUAUGAAAUGCUCGUUAGAGCGUUGAAGUUUAGGGAAGCAUUUAAAAGCUUGGAGGCUUUUGACAGGCACUACAGAUGGCUACCUUCUGAAAGAGAGUGGGAUCGUGGGCAAAAAAUAAGUGAGUUUCUGAAACCUUUCAAUCAAAUCACUACUCUCUUUUCAGGGUCAAAGUACCCAACAUCUAGUGUGUACUUCACAGAAGUUUGGAGGAUUGAGUUAUUGCUGAAGCAUUUUGCGAGCUGUGAUGAUUUUGAUAUGAAGCAGAUGGCUAAGGAAAUGCAAAUUAAAUUUGCUAAGUACUGGGAGGAUUACAGCAUCAUUUUGGCUAUGGGGGCAAUUUUAGAUCCGAGGCUGAAGUUGGAAGUUCUUGAGAAAGCUUAUGAGAGAGUGGAUCCUUCUACUUCUAGUUUAAAAACUGAAGAGCUUAGGACUAAUUUGACUAAACUUUAUAAAGAGUAUCAAGCUAGGACUUGGGGCAGUUCUUCUGGCACUUCAUCUACACCAACUCCACAUGAUCUAGUUACUGAAUCACCUCUUGAAGAUGAUUUUGACAAUGAUCUCUUUGAAUUGGAAAGAAGCCUUGGGAGUAAUGUAGGAAACACAAGAACACAUUUAGAUGUGUAUCUGGAUGAGAAGAGGUUAGAUAGAAGGUCUUUUCGCAAUUUGGAUGAAACCUCAAAAAUGUAGGUUAAUAAAUAAGUAUUUUUUUUGUUGUUCUAUAAUUACAUGAUUUUUAGACCGAACUGGUGAAUAUAUUAGAAAAACAUUUAUAUUUCGAGUAUGCACUUAUAUUCUAUAACAUCUUUAUGUAUUA